GGGGUCCAGAUCCUGUUCUGCCAGGAGUCGCUGGAGGGCGGAGACGUCCACGCGAUCGUGGAGCUGGCCAACGCGGACGGCAGGGGCAGCGCCUCCCUGUCCCUGCAGCAGGCGGAGGUGCUGGCCGCGCUCGGCGACAGGGUGACGCGGCUGCUGAUGCGCCUGCAGGAGGCGCUCGCGCCGCGCUGGAAGGCCAGGCAG